AUGGUUGCAGAGAUUGCUCGUCAGAUGGUUGCCGAAAAUGUAGGAAGCGACAUCAUACCCUCAUACACCUCCAACCAAUCGAACAAAAACCCGAAAAUUCUAACCCAUCCGAAAACCAACAACAUAAAGCUCAACCCUCCACCAAUCCACCUUUUGCUCGUAUCAGUGGACCAAUUCGAAACACCAGCCUCUCUCGCAUCCACUUCGUCUCAGCCCCCAACGACCCCACAUCAGGCGUUCACGGUCCACUCGGCGAAGCUUCCCACCGAUAUUGUUUUGCUUUCCACGGCGCUGGUUUAUAUCGAGGACUGUGCAGGAGAAAAGUUUACCGCCCGAGUUUUGCUCGAUAGUUGCUCGCAGUUUAAUUUGAUGACGGAGUCGUUCUAUCAGAAACUCAAACUGCCUAUUGAGAAAGAUCACGUUAAGCUUGGUGGGGUUGGGCAACACGUCACUUCGGUGAACAGAUCAGUAAAAUCCAUCGUUUCGUCUCGAGUUUCGGCUCUCAGUUGGCAGCUUAAGUUCCUCGUUUUGCCUACCAUCUCUCAUGACCAACCCGCCCAUCCACUGAUGACUACAGAUUGGGAGAUUCCCAGUUGGAUUACUCUGGCAGAUCCAACUUUUUGUACGCCUGCUGCUGUCGAUGCUCUCUUGGGUGCGGACGUUUUCUUCCAGCUUUUACGUUAUGGCAAAAUUACACUCGGAGAUCAUUUGCCCAUUCUCCAAAACACCGUGCUGGGCUGGAUAGUUUCUGGUAGGUGCUCUAGUCGCUCGUCUGAGGUCGAAAUUCAAAGAUGUCAUCUCACACACAACCAACGGCUGGAACAGCUGGUGAAUCGAUUUUGGGCCCUGGAAGAAUGCGGAUCCAAAACUUGUUGGUCCCCUUCUGAAAAGCUUUGUGAGCAACAUUUUGUCGAAAAUGUGUCGCGCAACACAGAUGGGAGAUAUGUUGUACGCCUGCCGAUGAAGAAAGAGCUUUUACCCCGUCUGCGCGACAAUCGAUUCAAUGCGCAGCGUCGUUUUUUCGCGCUUGAGCACAAAUUGGAUGCAAAUCCAACGCUUCGAAAGCAAUAUGAGGACUUUAUCAAUGAAUUUCUCGAAUUGGGCCAUAUGAGGCAAAUCGCUCCAUUAGAAUUGUCGAAAGAAAAUGCAUCUUUACCCCGCUAUUUUUUGCCCCACCAUGCUGUCCUGCGCCCCGAGAGCUCGACCACGAAACUCCGCACAGUCUUCGAUGCCUCCUGCAAAAGCUGCUCCGGUCUGUCGCUCAACGACGUUCUUCUGGCUGGGCCUACAAUUCAAGACACACUCCUGAGCAUCGUGUUGCGGUUCAGAAUGCAUGCCUACGUCGUCACUGGAGACAUUGCCAAAAUGUAUCGUCAGGUGCUGGUGCAUGAUGAGGAUCAGCCAUUGCAGCGAAUAUUUUGGCGAAGCAGGAAAAGUGAGGAGCUAAAAACGUACCAGCUGCUUACGGUGACGUAUGGUACGAACUGUGCACCCUUCCUCGCCACUCGCGUCCUCCAGCAGCUCGCAGAAGACGAACGUUCUCGAUACCCUCUGGCGGCUCCUGUGGUGAUUAAAGACCUAUACAUGGAUGAUCUUUUAACUGGGCAAGAUGAUCUGGAGCAACUUAAGAAGAUUUGCACCGAGCUGCUCAGCAUUUUUUCGUCGGCUGGCAUGGAUCUGCGAAAAAUAUCGUCGAACUAG